GGUCGGUGGGCUUGGCAGCGGCUUCCCGUGCGCGCGGCCGACGGCUGCUGACUGCGGGCCGCGCGGCUGAGCGGGCGCCGGGGCCUCGCCGGCUCGACGAGGUGAGGGGCGGCGCUGAGGCGGUGGCGAUGGGCCCCCGCGCUGGGCAGUCGUAGGGUGCAUUACCUUCAGGAGAUGGCCUCUUCCAAGUCUUUGAUGAACCUUCUAACCUUCACUUUUGGAUCAGCAAUAGGAUUUUUUGUAUGCUAUCUUCUGUUUAGCAUUAUACUAGAAGAACAAGUAAAGAUCCAGCCUCAUGUCCUUCACAAUGAUCCGCAUGGUCAGCACUCAUCAGAUACCGAUAGCAAUCAGCUGCAAGGGCAAAUGAAUUUCAAUGCAGACUUUGGACAGCAUAAAGAUGAGAAUAAAAAUAUUGCAGAGGGACUGUAUCAGAAGGUGAAAAUACUGUGCUGGGUCAUGACUGGACCUCAAAAUCUAGAAAAGAAAGCCAGGCAUGUUAAGGCCACUUGGGCCCAACGUUGUAAUAAAAUACUUUUUAUGAGCUCCGAGGAAAACAAAGACUUCCCAACUGUGGGCCUAGAAGCCAAAGAAGGCAGAGACCAACUGUACUGGAAGACUAUUAAAGCUUUUCAGUAUGUGCAUGACCAUUAUUUUGAUGAUGCUGAUUGGUUUAUGAAAGCAGAUGAUGAUACAUAUGUUAUAUUGGACAAUUUGAGAUGGCUUCUUUCAAAAUACAGUCCUGAACAGCCAAUAUACUUUGGAAGAAGGUUUAAGCCUUAUGUGAAACAGGGUUACAUGAGUGGAGGAGCAGGUUAUGUUCUGAGCAAAGAAGCUCUGAAGAGAUUUGUUGCUGCAUUUAAAACAAACAAAUGCUCUCAUAGUUCCUCAAUUGAAGACCUUGCACUAGGAAAAUGCAUGGAGAUCAUUAAUGUGGAAGCAGGAGAUUCUAGGGAUACAAGUGGUAGAGAAACCUUUCAUCCCUUUGUUCCAGAACAUCACUUAGUCAGAGGAUACCUGCCAAAAACAUUCUGGUACUGGAAUUACAAUUAUUAUCCUGCUGUAGAGGGUCCUGGAUGCUGCUCCGAUCUAGCAGUUUCAUUCCACUAUGUUGAUUCCAUGACUAUGUAUCAAUUGGAAUAUUUGAUUUAUCAUCUCCGUCCGUAUGGGUAUUUGUAUCGGUACAAUCCUGAUCCAGCAACCAAUCCAGAAGAGCAAAGCAAAAAUGAAGCACUGGAGGAUAAUCAGAAGCUAAAGCAAAAAGUUACUGAGAGUUAAUUAGACUUUGAAGAAAACAAAAAGAAGCCAGUACAAUGAGUAGGAGUCUCGUCAAACUCCUGCAUGAAGCUUGUGGACUGAAAUUACUGAUAGUGAUUCUUAUUUAAAAAAUCACAUUGGCAGUGCUGCCUGUUGCUGUCUAUGUGCAGUAGAAUCUGGUGCUGGCUCUGACUGUUUGGGAUAGUGUGACCUUGCUGACCUGCUCAAUGAAGAUUUAGGGCUCUCAAGCUGUGAAAUAGGAGGUUGUUCUGAUACACUAAUACCUGGAAGAAUUUGUAUGAAACUCAUAUGGAUGGCUUCAGAGAUAAUCAAACAGUAUUUCUGUUCCUUUUUCUGUUCCCCUUUUCCUUCCAGCUGUUCUGUUAGGUAAGCUCUAAUGGUAGAAAGUGGAUGCUGCAUAGUCAAAUACUUGAUGAUGGCUUUCUCUAGUAUUCUCAGUAUCUUGAAAUUAGUUUGUGUACCUUGCCCUACAAGGGAGAGGAGUGAAAAUAGUCUGCUUUGCUUUAAUGGCAGACUGGCUAUUAUGAAUAGGCAGAGAUCCACCCAAACGAUUAAUCUUGAGUUGUUUCAGAAAUGGAAUUCACUGCCAUGAAUUAUUUUUAACUUUUUUAAGUCUCUUGUAUGAAAUAAUAUGAAGUUGAAUCACUACUGCUUUAGGGAGAAACCCAGAAAUGGUUACUGUUGUUUCAAUUGCUGAGGCAAGGCAAGCUGCUUACAUACUUACCUGUAGCUUUUUAAAAUGUUUUUCUUUUGCAUUAAAUUAUUGUAUUGGUUGAAUGGAUAUAAAAAUUCAUCUCAGAAUUUCUCAGCACAAGAUAAGGUAGAUGCUUUUUGAAAUAGAAUUCUCUCUUCCAUCCCUCCUUCCAUCUGAACCAGGAAGAAUAGUAUCUUGGCAAAGUUACAAUGACGUUAUAAUAUCUUGGUUUCAGCCAGUAUUAUAAUUAGUUUGUUUCCAUUUAGUUUUCACGUCACUAUACUUUGAGACUGUGGAGUUACCUUGUACAUUAAAAUUUUAGAGAUACAAGAAAGUCCCAUUUUAAAACGGCAGCAAAGCUGAUUUGACUGCUUCCCUACGCAUCUCAUUUAUUUGGCUGAAGUACUUAAUUUCACUCUUUUUUUUUUCCUUUUUUUUUUUUCCCUUCACCUUUAAAAAUUUCUUCUGUAGCUGCUGCUUGUUACCUUUUUCAGGACAAAGUGUUAAAUGAUCCUUAUAUCACUCUUUGAAGCUGAAGUAUAUAGUUAUUCAGGUAAGCCAGCCUGAAUGCAGGAAUCUUUGAAAGUGCAUUAACUUUCUCCAUUACUUUGAGUAUCUCUGCCUCUUAACUGAAGACACUUUCUUGGUGUGGGAUAAAAGUAAGUAUUUUAAUUACUGGAAGAUUUUCAGAGACCAAGUCUAUGCUUUAUGUAGUUAAUAUAAAACUUUCUGGUUUUCUCUUUCAGAUUGAGUGAAUAGCAGUGUGGGGGAUGGGAUUAGGCUUGGCAUGUAGUGUAUCUUUAUUCCACACUUGAACAAAAGUUUUGUCAUCUUUUUCUCACUUUUCACCUUCAUCAUAUUGAUGAAUUUGGACAUAACCUAAUUACCUCCAGUCAUUGUUUUGGAAAGGGCACAUACUGGUAGCAGACAGCCUUAUUUACUGCUGCUGUCCUUCAGGAUGUUCCUGGAAGAGGAUGUUACCAUAAAGGACUGGAUUUACUUUUUUUUUUUUUUCCAAAGAUAGUUCUUGUACAUAUUGGGCUUCUGUCUGUUGCCCAUCAGUAAACCGUCAUGGCUACCUUUCUGAGCCUUGCUCAGCAGCAUGAUGGUGAUUGCUGAAGUCUCUGAUGGAGCUGAAUUAUUACAUACUUCUCUGCCUGAAUGUAAGCCAGGUUCAAACAUCAAGUGUUAAUUAAAUGAAUAGUUCCCGCAUGGUUAAAUCUGCUGGUCUUUUAUCAGCACGACUGCCUCUGAAGUACUGAAAGGGACAUGAACUUUAUUUUAUGUUAAUUGACUUAAGUAGGGAGUUAUAGCUGCAUUUGUUUAAAGAAGGAGAAAGUCUCCAGUUUGCCCUAGUAAAGGGAUGCUAGUCCAGAGGAGAAUGGAUGGUACCAUGCUGUAAGGUGCUUCCUUCUGUGAGCUAAAUGUUUAUCCCAUAUGCAGCGCAAACCAGUGAUAUUGUGAACUCCAUAUGGUUUUGAUCUUUCCAAUGGCAUUGUUCAAGCAUGCAGUUAAAAUUUUCUGGGAUACUUGGGGAAGCUAUAAGAUGAAACCAGGAUACCAACUUGAUCUCUUGGUAAAUUCAGCCCAUGUAAAAGAUCUCCUAACUAGCGUAUGGUUCCUUUAUUUCGGCUUUCUUCCUCAGUUCAUCUGUGCGGAUUUAAAGAUUUUCUACCACAACAGGCAGAACUAACUGCAGACUUUUUUGCAGAGUUGUGUCUUGUGUUUGCCCUGUGCUGCUCUGUGAAGUAAAGUCAUUUAUUCUUCAUGUUCUUUACUGUCCUGACUUCUGUCUUUGAGUUUUCAAUUUCAUCAUGCGCAAGUCUCAGGUGAACAAGAGGAAGCAGGCAGGGAGAUGUUUGAGCUCUGCACAAGGCUGGUUGCCGAGGUGGCACCGCUGAGCUGCCAGUGAAGCGUUUUCUCGGCAGCAGUUCCAAUUCUUGUCUGCUGCCCAGCUGUGGCUUGUGCAUUUAGCAGAGUGGGGCGGGAAUGUCUCUUUCAACAAGCAUGCAAGACCUCAGAGGGAAUGGAGGAAUAAAGGAACAAGUUCCAUUUCUUGAGGGAGUAAGGCUAAGAACAUACUACCUUGUGGUAAAUAGGUGGCCUGUCUGGAGAAAUAAGAGGAGCCUUUUCUUCAAACGUCCAUUCUUGCUUUGUUUUAAAGUGUCCUUGUGCUUAGGCCUCAGAAUCUGUUUCUUUUGCCUUUCCAACAGCACUGCAAAGAAUUCUUUUUUUCCUUCCAGACAA